AUGUUGUUAGCUUUUCUCUUCAACCCGUAUAUUAUUGCGGGAUUUACAAUCUGUUAUUUCUAUAUUGUACCAUAUCUACAGCGGUGGGACCUGCGUGAUAUUCCGGCGCCUUUCCCCGCUUCCCUGUCCCAUCUCUGGCUUUUGUAUCAAAGCCGGAAGGGAAAGAGAUACCAGGCCGUGCAUAAUGCCCAUGGUAAAUAUGGUAAACUCGUGAGAAUCCAACCGAAUCAUGUUUCCGUGGCGGACGCCGAUGCUAUCCAGACAAUAUACGGCCAUGGGAAUGGGUUUUUGAAAUCUGAGUACUAUGACGCCUUCGUAUCCAUUCGCCGCGGCCUCUUUAAUACGCGGAACCGCGCUGAACAUACCCGCAAACGGAAGACCGUUUCCCAUACAUUCAGCGCCAAGUCAAUUGGCCAAUUCGAGCAGUAUAUCCAUGCGAAUCUGCAACUUUUCCUUCAGCAGUGGACCCAGAUUUGCGAUCUCCAACGAAACCCCAGGUCCGGCUAUGCAUCCAUCGAUGCCCUGAACUGGUUCAACUACCUUGCCUUUGAUAUUAUUGGCGAUUUGGCUUUUGGCGCUCCUUUUGGCAUGCUGUCCAAAGGCAGAGAUGUGGCGGAAAUGAAAAAAUCUCCCAAUUCGCCCGCUUCCUAUGUUCCUGCCAUCCAGGUCCUCAACCGCCGCGGAGAAGUUUCCGCAACCCUUGGCUGUUUCCCAGCCCUUAAACCAUUUGCAAAAUAUCUCCCGGAUCGAUUCUUUCGCGACGGACUAGAAGCGGUGGAGAACUUGGCUGGUAUCGCCGUAGCUCGGGUGGCUGAACGACUUCGCCCAGAAGUAAUGGCUAAGAAUACGAGAGUGGACCUUUUAUCCCGGCUGAUGGAAGGCCGUGAUGAGACCGGUGCAAAGCUGGGCCGCGAAGAGCUUACUGCAGAGGCAUUGACGCAGCUCAUCGCGGGCUCCGACACGACUUCAAACACAUCUUGCGCCAUGCUUUACUGGGUUCUGAGAACUCCAGGCGUUAUUGAGAAACUGCAGGAAGUUUUAGAUGAGGCGAUACCAGCCCACGUUGAAGUUCCAACGUUUUCGAUGGUCAAAGAUAUCCCUUAUACAUCAUCACUCGGUCUUCCUCGUGAGAUUCCGCAAGGCUCACCCCCUGUCACUAUUCAAGGUCACGUUUUCCACCCAGGUACCAUUCUCUCUGUCCCGGCGUACACCAUUCACCAUUCGUCGGAAAUCUGGGGCCCUGACGUGGAAGAAUUCGUCCCGACUCGAUGGGAUCCCGCCCGUCUGACCGCGCAACAAAAGGCCGCAUUUAUCCCCUUUAGCCACGGCCCUAGAGCUUGUGUGGGGAGGAAUGUCGCGGAAAUGGAACUCCAUUGUAUCGCGGCGACGGUUUUUAAGAAUUUUGAGUUUCAAUUGGAACAGAAUGGUCCCAUGGAGACGUCAGAGGGGUUCUUGCGGAAGCCGCUUGGGCUACUGGUUGGAAUCAAGAGAAGGCAGUUGGAUCCGGUUGUGAAUUAG